AUGGGCACAGGCAAACUUGGUGAUUUGGGCACCAGGGCUCUUGUUGAUGGGUUGAUGGCAAUUGAGGGUGUGGGUGUGAUUGGAGGUGAGGAACCACAGGAUGACAGGAAGGAAAAACUCAUGGAUAAUAUGUUGUUCACGCAUGAGGCAAAUGCUGACCAGUUCGAUCUUCAUUCUUAUGGUAAUCUAAGGGGAGUAGACGCUAGUAGAAAUUCUGAGGAAUCCAGUUUUGGAAAUGACUUAAAGGAUGGUUCUUCAGUUUCUUCUGAGAACUUCAGCUCCUCUUGUCUGCCUGGCGAGAACUAUCAAUCUGCUACAAUAGAUCAUGAAAAACGACCUCUUUCUGAUGUCAAGCCAUGUCAAGUUGCUUGCAAGCGUCCAAAGCAAACAGAUCACCAUACCUGGUUAUAUUCCUUUGAGGAAGACCCUUUGACCAGUGAAGUGGGGAUAUCUUCUCCAGCUUUAGCUGAUGGAUUGGUUGAGACCAAACAACCGAAUGACAUUCCUGCAAUUAAUGGCGGCACAGCCUGCAGUGGUAGUUCAGACACCCCUUGCCUUAAUCAUGAUCAAUCAGUUUUAGUGGAAAGCUUAGAUGUACCUGAUUGGGCGACUUCUUUCCCUGGUUAUUUUGAAGACUGUGGGCCAGUUGCUACAUAUAACCAUGUUGAUGACAUCGGUUCGCCUGUUCAUGAGUACCUCCCUAGAAAGGGUGUGCCAGUUGGACCUGAGCACCAGGCUGACAUUCCAGAAUGGAGGCCCCGAACCUCUAUGAUUGUACCUGGUGCUUCUGAGGUUUGUGCUGAUCUGGAUUGUAGUUCUGCUUCCACUUCAGAGUCUGUUCCCACAGGUGAUGACAAGUGGAUCAGGUACUGUGUUGUUCCGAUGACAAGCUGCUCAUCUCUUGUUGACUGGGCUGGAGACAACAAAAUAGAUUGUAACUGCAGUGAUGAGGGUUCUAUGAGGUGUUCCAGACAGCAUAUUAUUGAAGCAAGGGAUAGCCUCAAAAUGAGCUUGGGACAGGACAAGUUUUGUGAGUUAGGUCUUUGUGAAAUGGGAGAGGAUGUUGCUCAGAGAUGGACUGAUGAGGAGGAGAAGCUAUUCCAAAGAGUUGUUUUCUUAAAUCCUGUCUCCUUGGGCAAGAACUUUUGGGAUCACCUUCCGGAUGCAUUUCCUGGUAAAACUAGCCAGGAGCUUGUUAGCUACUAUUUUAAUGUUUUCAUGCUCAGGAAAAGGGCCCAGCAGAACAGGUCAGACGUGUUGCGUGUGGACAGUGAUGAUGAUGAACUGCAUGGUGAACCUCUAGUUGAGCGGGAGGAAGGGGAUCCUGCAUUUGAGUCCUCUAUACAUGAACAUUUUGUCAGCAAUUCUCUGCCCAUGGAUGAUGACCAUAAAGAGUUUGAAGGAGCACAGUUUGAUGGAUCUUUGUGUGAGAAGUCAGUAUACAGUGCAGUUGAGUGCAGACAUCUACCAAAUAAAAUGCCUGUGGAUUCAAAUAUGGUGAACACUGCACAAGAUGUUUAUGACCAAGAUAAUGGAGCUCAGUAUGCAGAGUUUCACAUGCCACUGCCGAAUGAUACUUCAAACAAUCUUGGGGAUCAAAGUGCAUCUGUGUAG